UUUGGAGUUGAAUUUAUCAUAAUUUACUGAUUCCAACAGAUUUCAAUGGAAGUUCAGAAUAAAACCACCAGUUUUUCAGAAAGCUUGAAGAAGAAGCAAGAGAUCUCUGCUAGUAAGAGAAAAGAUGAGGAGAGGAAGGUUAUUGGUCAAGGAAACAACCUUCCAAAGACUAAAAUUGCUGCUACUUCUGUUCUCACAGAGGUACCUGAAGAGGGCAAGGUUUCAGUCACACCUCAGGAUCAACAGAAUGUUUCCCAGAGAUCAAAUUUUGUUAAGCUUUGCAGUCAAAGAGAAGGAAAAUUCACUCCAACCAAGAGUGAACUUGGUCCUUCCCAGGUAGAUAGAUCAUCGAAAUUUUGUAGCAGCAAAUUCAGAAAAAUGAGUUUGAUGAAUGUUUCAAGUCUCCUCUUGAGCCAGCCAAGUUUGGAGAAUGCAAAGAUCAUCUUGUCACAUCCUGAGAGCGAUUUUGUUCAUUGCUCUUAUUCAUCUCAGUCAUGAAGUCCAAGUCAGAUAUCUCUAAAAGGACUUCAGGAAUUUUUAAAGGAUCAAGCAGGAGUAAAAUCGACUAAGAAGGCUUCAAUGUUCACUCUCAGUCUGAUAACAUGCAAAGAUAAGCAGGUUAUUCCAUUCAAGAUGUUCAGACAGUCAGACCUAAAUUUCAGUAGAGAGUUUUGUGAGCAGAUCCAUUAUGCGGACCAAGAUGAAGAUUAUGACACAGACGAUGAGAUCAUGGAGCUCUCCAACAGAAGGGUCAAGAAUGACCUUGACCUAGUCUUCAAUGAGAUCUUCUACAAAGGCACUGAGAUGACAUCGAUCUGUAGGAAUGCUAGAAUCGGCAUAGAAUUUUAGUUACAUUUUCAGAGUAAUUU